AUGGCACUUGAAAUGCUAAAACAUGAUUUCUCUCUAGCUACAAAGCGUGAUAAGAAUAAGAAGACAGCUUUACAUCUCUUCGCUCUAAUUCCUUCGGCAUUUGACAACGAAAGUCCAGAAGGGUGGAGCAAACUCUUCAAAUCUGCAUAUUUAAACAUUGGAUUUAAAAGAAGGCAGAAGCAAUCUAAAGCCGUUGAGCUAGUCAAAUGUCUUUGGGGCCAUACUUUGCUUCAAGGGCAUGACCAGUCAAUUGAUCUUAUAUCCAAGCCGACAAAACUUGUGUUUGAAGCAACAAAGGUCGGGAACUUUGAGUUUCUUGCUGCACUGAUUGGCUCUUACCCUGAUUUAAUAUGGGAAACUGACAGCCAAAAUGGACCUAUAAUUAAUAUUGGUAUAUUGUAUGGCCAUGCCAAUAUCUUCAACUUAAUACAUGAGAUUGGUGGAAUCAAAGCUGAUCUUGCUGCUAAAAAAGACACUGAAACCAACAAUAAUAUAUUGCAUUUAGCUGCAAAGUUACCCUCUCCGGAACGACUCAACGUUGUAUCAGGAGCAGCUUUACAAAUGCAACAAGAAUUGUUGUGGUUUCAGGAGGUGAAAAGGAUUGUGCCACCUAAAGAACAAGAAAAAAAAGCCAUUGAAAUUUUCACUUCUCAAUGGCUUAGCACUCUCCUUAUGUCUCGCUACUCGGAGUACGACUUUCUCAAAUGGUUACCAGUGAAAUUCAUGGUUGGCCUCACUACACUUUUUUUCUCAAUGGUAACCAUGAUGAUAGCUUUCAGCUUUGCAUUCGUUUUGGCUUGUUAUCAUCAGCAUCGAUUAAAAUUGGGCCCUUUUCUAAUUUCAAUGCUUGGCAUCGUUCCAAUUGCUUUGUUCUCUAUUCUCAAAUUUCCUCUACUUCUUGAGACCUUCUCCACAUAUUGUUCAGGGAAGUUAUUUCAAACAAGUAGACCAAUGUUUUAA